AUUGGACAGACACGUAAACUGAGGCCCCUGGCCAUGUGUUGCUUUGAGGUGUGGAUGGGAGCUGAGCCCACAUCUCCACCAAGGAUUGUUUCUCUUCAUUUCUGGGCACGCCAGGGCCAACACCUUGAGGCUCACCCGACAGGCGCCCCACAUCCCUCCUGGGGCCAGCACCGCACCCCCAACAUCAACCCCACCUCAGAGAUGCUGCGGCAGUGGCCGGGGCAGCCGGGGCAGGCCCCCGGGGAGGCAGACCCCGAGCCAGGAGUCGAGGUGCUGUGGGAGCAGGAGAUGGAGCGGCUGUGCGCCUCCCGGGUGCCGGUGCGCGCACUGCCCUACGCCAUGGUGGACAAGCGCUGCAUCCGGCGGCUUAGGGAGCCCGAGGGGAUGGAGACUUCUUGCUGGCGGCGGUGGCAACGCAGGCGACAGACCGCGGGACGGCGCCUGGGGGAGGCAGCACAGAGGCUGGCCCGGGGCUUUGGGCUCUGGGAGGCGCCUCUCUACGAGAUCGGGGGCCUCUUUGGCACUGGAAUCCAGUCCUAUUUCACCUUCCUCCGCUUCCUGCUGCUGCUCAACCUGCUGGCACUGCUUCUGACUACCAGCUUCGUCCUGCUGCCCCUGGUCUGGCUCCGCCCCCCUGACCCAGACCCCGCCCUUAACUUAACCUUUCAGUGCUCUGGCGGCCACCAGCCCCACAGUGGUGAUCCCCAGUUGCACACUCGACUCUGGAAUGUUUUGACUGGCAGGGCCUUCAACAACACCUAUCUCUUCUAUGGCACGUACCGGGCGGGGCCCGAGAGCAGCGAUGCGUACAGCAUCCGCCUGGCCUACCUCCUGAGCCCGCUGGCCUGCCUGCUCCUCUGCUUCUGUGGGACCCUGUGGCGGAUGGUGAAGGGGCUGCCGCAGAAGCUGUUCCUGGGCCAGGACUAUAGGUCACCUCUCAGUGCCAAGGUCUUCUCUUCCUGGGAUUUCUGCAUCCGGGGGCAGGAAGCAGCCACCAUUAAGAAGCAUGAGAUCAGCAAUGAAUUCAAGGUGGAGCUAGAGGAGGGGCAUCGCCUCCUGCUGGCGCAGCAGCAGACCCGGGCCCAGAGAGCCUGCCACCUGCUCACCUACCUUCGUGUCAACAUCCUCAUCGGGAUUCUGGUAGCUGGGGCCAUCAGCACCAUCUUCUGGGCCACCAAGUACUCACAGGAUAACAAGGAGGAGUCCCUGUUUGUGCUACUCCAGUACCUGCCCCCUGGGGUCAUCUCUCUGGUCAACUUUCUGGGUUCCCUGUUGUUUGUCUUCCUUGUCCAGCUGGAGAACUACCCUCCCAACACUGAGAUCAACCUCACCCUUAUGUGGUGCGUGGUGCUGAAGCUGGCCAGCCUGGGCAUGUUCUCCUUCUCACUGGGCCAGACUGUGCUGUGCAUCGGCAGAAACAGGACCAGCUGUGAGUCCUACAGCUACGCCUGUGACUACCAGUGCUGGGAGAACUCGGUCGGGGAGGAGCUGUACAAGCUCAGCCUCUUCAGCUUCCUCCUCACGGUGGCCGCCGCCUUCCUCAUCAGCCUCCCUAGGAGGCUGCUGGUGGAGCGGUUCUCCGGCCGGUUCUGGGCCUGGCUGGACCGGGAGGAGUUCCUCGUACCCAAGAACGUGCUGGACAUUGUGGCAGGGCAGACGGUCACCUGGAUGGGCCUCUUCUACUGCCCCCUGCUGCCCCUGCUCAACAGCAUCUUCAUCUUCCUCACCUUCUACAUCAAGAAGUACACCCUCCUGAGGAACUCGAAGGCGUCACCUCGGCGAUUCCGGGCCUCCAGCUCCACCUUCUUCUUCCAGCUGGUGCUUGUCCUGGGCCUGCUCCUGGCCACCGUGCCCCUGGGCUAUGUGGUCAGCAGCAUCCACUCUUCCUGGAACUGCGGCCUCUUUGCUAACUACUCAGCCCCCUGGCAGGUGGUCCCAGAGCUGAUGGCCCUCUGGCUCCCACCCCCUGGCCAACGUGCCCUCCACUACCUGGGCUCCCACGCCUUCAGCUUCCCCCUCCUCAUCCUGCUCAGCCUUGUCCUGACCGUGUGCGUCUCCCAGUCCCGGGCCAACGCAAGGGCCAUCCAGGGCCUCCGGAAGCAGCUGGUGUGGCAGGUCCAGGAGAAGUGGCAUCUGGUGGAGGACCUGUCACGGCUGCUGCCGGAGCCGGGCCCCGGCUGCUCCCCGGGGCCCGCGUCCCCUCGCUGCCGCGCUUCUCGCCCGCGGUCCUUCUGCCCCGGAUUCCCCUGCCCAGGCUCCCCCAGGCCCGGACCCUACCCCUCGGAUCCCGCCGGGCCGCGUGGGGCCGGAGUCCCCGCCGGUAGAUUCCGCUUCCCCAGCGGCUCGGAGCUGUAGUCCAGGAAAAUACUGGAAAGCCUGGUCCGGAUCACCGACGGCGGAACCAAGCGGCACUCGGAGGUCUUGGAGCGCUGAGAUUUUAUUUCACACCGGCGGGCUUGGAGCGGAGUCAUCGCCCAGGGUCUGAGCCCCGAGCACAAGCAAGAGGAGCAAUUUAUGUUAUUUUGAUAUGCGGCAUUUCUGCAUGCGCAGGGCGACAGAGGGGCCCGGGGGAGGGGAGGGGGGAGCUGGGAGGGCUUUGCCAACCAGAGGGAAAAAAGCGGUUUGCUGACCUUGACAGCUGUGUUGGAUAUUUUCCUUGCCAGUACCGACCUGCCUCCACCCGGGGCACCCCCAGGGCCUGACCUGUGGCCCCCCACCUCCUGUUGCCUCAAGCUCUGGCCCCCUGAUGGCCACCACCCCUCUCUCCUGGGCCUACCAGCAGGGCUUCCCAGGGCAGGUGCACACACCAGGUGUAGCAAGAAGAAAAGGGCACUUGUAUUUAUAUUUUCAUCUCAGUCCUUUAAAGUUUCUAUUUUUGUUGAAUGAUUUGUAGUGCACACAUCUAUCCGUGUAGUCGCCCAUGAUCGCAAUUUAUAAAUACACACCCACUGG